AUCCGUCAUCGUGGAUCACGGGCGGUUUGGGGCGGCUGGGCAGAGCUCGCGGACGGCCGACGGACGCGUAUAUCGUACGCCGUACGUAGCCGUACGCGAACGUCGCGAACCAGUGUCUUGCUCCGGGGCCCCGGGGCCCGGGCUGUUAGAAAAUCUGGCUGUUGUCUCGUGCGUAACGUCCUCGUCGUCGUCGUCCCAGAGAUUUGUAAUUCGUCCCGUUUCUAGCACAGCUCCGCGUCCCGCGAUCUUAUCUGCCUGCCUCCUCUCAUCUUCCCCACUUAUGAGAAGCAAUACCUCCCCGAACUCGCGUUGGCGUUCUUCUUAGUAUAUAAUAUAUUGAACCAGGUAUCGAUACUUCUGUCAAAUACUUGAUAAUGGAGUCAGGAGUGAUUCAAGAGAAGUCACCCCCUGCGCGUGGCUUGAAGCAAGUAAAGGUGGAUAAUUGGGGAUCGUUUUUUCUUCAACGACUUCAGACUCUUUACUCGGAGGAACAAUUUCUCGAUCUCAAAAUUAAAUUUCCUACAAGUGAUAUUACUGUACAGGCUCAUCGACUUGUGGUGACAACAUGUACAGACUAUUUUAUGCAACUCGAAGAACAGCAAAAAGAGAAGGAUGAAAAUUUUAAUGGUGUAAUAAUUAUGCCUUCAGAUAUGCCUUACGAGUGUGUUAAGUCUAUUAUAAGUUUUAUGUACACUGGACAAUUGGAAUAUUGGACGUCGGAGCAACAUGCUUUGUAUCGUACAGCGCAAAAAAUGAACAUGACGGUCCUAACAAAGUUGCUCGACGCUCAAUUUAACACGAGCAAAAUGCAAGAUGAUAUGGCAAAAACACCUACGCGUCCAGUGAUAGCCGUCUCGAAACCUCCAACUCCAACUACAAAAGCGAUUGUCAGCUCCACCAGUUCGACUACACCGACUUUAUCUGGGCAACCAUUGCCAGGUAGAAAACUUCCCAUAUGGAAGAGAAAGCUGGAUGAAUCUCCACCCAUGCCAGCGAUGAAUUAUGAAGUACGAACAUUCCACAGUGCAUCUUCGAUACAUAAACAGGAAACGACUCCUGGCCCAUCCAGAUUCGAUCUUCCGGAAGCAGAUGAUAUUGCUCUGGGAGUAUUUUCUUCAUUCGAUGACAUUACGUACAAUACAAAGCCUAUUGUUCAAGCAUCCGACAUAGAUAAAAAAGGAAAUUCCUCUCGUAAGCAUUCGCCCGACAGAGAUAGUAAAAAUGAUACAACCGAAGAUGAGGAAGAGGAAAAUCAGGAGAGCGAAAAGAACUUGAGAGACACAAAUUCGGACGAUGAUUGGAGUAUAUCGAAGAAUUACCAGAGAUCUCAAGACGGUCCGUCUAAACGAGUACGUUUUGAUCUGGAGGAAAAAGAAAAUGUGGAAAAGCCUAAGACGAAUCGCCCAAGUACCGAUGAUUCUAUCAACAAUCACGCAAAGAUCAUCAGAGAAGUGUUAAAAAAAUAUCCCCAUUUAGUAAAGAACAAUAAAAAUAUUCGCUUGAAGAUCAUGCAGAAAGAAGCAAAAUCCUCCGACAGUAAUAUUGCUAGCAAAACAAAAGUAUCUUACGUGGUUUUAAAAUCGGACCAUCUGUUGGCCAGCAAUAAUGAUGAAAACGAUUCCAAGUGUAACGGCAGUAUCGACGGCGAGACAGGUCCCUGGAAAUGCAACAAGUGUGAUUUGGACGAGGAAUAUACCAAUUAUUACAUGUAUAGAAGACAUAUGCAAGAUGUGCACGAGGAGAAGUUUGAUCCGAGGGUUUGCGAGCAUUGCGGCUAUAAGGCAACUAAGCGUAACAUUUUGAUGUAUCAUCUUUAUACCAAGCACAACGUGCCGCCGCCGAAGAGCAUGUGCUUUCCGAAAUGUCAGUCCUGUUCGUACGUUGCCUUGUCGGAAACUCUGCUGGUGCGUCACCAAAUAAAUCAUAAUCAUCGGCCUCCUAACCGACAUCACUCCCUACCUUCGGAAGAUAUUCAGUGCAACCAAUGCAAUCAGUCGUUCAAGAGUAUCACCGAACUCACCACUCACGAAUUGAAUAGCGGACAUGUAGGUUUGGCGGAUGGUAAAGAGACCAAGGGCCAUCGUUGUCCAUACUGUGGCAAGGUGUUUGUGCGCGUGACAAAUUUACAAGUACAUCUGGACUGUGCGCAUAAAGAAUUACAGAGAGACACCACCGAGCCUCCUCCGUCCGCGCCGACUAUUCCGUUAGAACCGUCAUCCGAAGCGGAGGCUCUCAGCCAUGUCGCCAGCGGUAUAGCCGCUUCCCUCGGUGUCGGAGAUGCUGAGACUACUCCGGAAACACAGGAAGAAGAAACCAUGGAGAUGGUGAAAGUUACGAAUGAGGAGCAAUACAUUGUGCCAGAGAUGUUGGAUGAUAUGGCACAUAACAUCAAUUAUAGUGAGCACGAAUUGGAGAGCCAGCACAUGAUCAUGUUAGUUAACAAUGAUGAAAGUUAUCAGCAUGCCGAGAACAAUCAUCAUCAACAGCCGCAACAGUUGGAUAUCGCCGAUAAUGAGCAAAUAGUGAUGCAGGGCACGGACGACGGUAUGAUCGUGUACAUUCAUGGUGCUGAGGAGGCCGAUCAUCGAUCCUAUGAGGAGUAUCAGCCCGGCGAGGUUGCACAGGAAACCGAAGAGAUAGUAGAGGAGGUAGUCGAGGAGGUUGAGGAGGUCGAGGAGGUCGAGGAAGAAGUUAUGGAGGAAGUUAUGGAGGAAGAGGAGGCGCAGGAGGUGCCUCAAGAGAUGUUGGAGGAGUGCGCUGAUAAUCAGGUGGAAGAAGUGAUACAAUAUGUCGAAGAACAAACGGAGAUAGUAGAGUACGACGAGGAACAAUGCAGCGAACAGAGCAAUAGUAUGGAUGGGCAACAAGAAUCUGUUAUGAUCAUUGAGGAAGAGCACGUCGAGGGCGACAUGGUAGAGGAAGACAUGGAAGAAACUACUGAUAAACAACAUAAGAAAGUGCAGAGUUUCACUGCUGAAUGGGACGAAGAUAGCGAAGGGCUAACAGAAUCAUGAAUACUGUAAUAUUGUAUUUUUUAUUUGCUUCUGUAAUAUGUUAUUAACUUUCACCAUGGCUAUAGUUUAAUUUUUAAAGCAACACUCUUUAAUGGAAAUUUUCAUUUUAUAUAUCUUAUUUUAUCUUAUAAUCUGUGUAACGUUUGUGUUGAUAGCGGACGGUGAUGCAAACGAGCGCAAUGCAGCCAUACCGACUUUGCCACACAAUAUAUUUAGCAGUAAGCCCACAAAAUUUAAUCAAAUUGCUAUAUUUAGCUGUUUAGGAAGGAGCGGUAUUAUUGAAGACAUCUUAUGAGCUUGUACAUGUGAAUUUUAUCGUUGUGCACCGACACACAUUGAUUAUUUUGUUGAAAAGCAAAUUUGAACAUAAGCUAAAAUAUGUAUUUUACAACAGAAGCGUAAAAUCUCUAAUAAUCUCGAUCGAGAUUGUUUACAGCGGUGGCACCUUUAAGAGUCUAGGAUAAGAAUCUGUAAUGUUUCAAUUUGGAAAGUUUUUUUUAGAUACGUAUAUGCAUAUGUAGCUUAUAUUAAUAAAAUAUAAAUUAAGAUUUAUA